CAGAUUGACAGAGUUCACAAAGUGUAAUCAGUUGUACUGUACAUAUUCGUUAAUAUUUUAUAUCUUUUGAAUUGUCUCGAACAGAAAUGGCAGAACAAAGUCAAAUUGUGAACCACGAGGAUGGACCCACCAACGGCAAUUUUACCCCCAACGAUGACAGGAAAAUUUUUGUUGGUGGCCUAAGUAUGGAAACCACCGAAGAAGAUCUGCGCACUUACUUCGGGCAGUUUGGCGAAAUCGAAAGUGUCAACAUCAAGACCGACUCGCAGACGGGCCGUCCACGUGGCUUUGCGUUCAUCAUUUUCGUCAGUGGCGAUUCGCUCGAUAAGCUUCUGGCGUCGGAAGACCACACCAUUAAUGGUAAGAAAGUUGACGCGAAAAAGGCCAAAGCCAAGCAGGGUAAGAUUUUUGUCGGUGGCUUGAGUCCGGAAACCAGCGAUGAGGAAGUGAAAUCGUUCUUCGACCAGUUCGGAACGGUGGUGGAAGUGGAGAUACCCUUCGAUAAGACAAGAAACCAGAGGAAGGGUUUCUGCUUCAUUACGUAUGAUUCGGAAGCAGUGGUGAGGGAGCUGUUGAAAACGCCCAAGCAGAUGCUGGGAGGUAAGGAAGUGGACGUGAAACGAGCGGUAUCCAAGCAGAAUAAUAUGGGUGGACCGAUGCGAGGAGGUCAUGGAGGCAACUUUGGCGGUUCCAGACAAGGUUGGGGUAAUGGACAAGAAUUCGGCGGCGGAUACAACCAGGGCGGCUUUGGAGGAGGAUUUGGAGGUGGGUAUGGAGGCUACGGUAGUUAUGAUAAUUCUGGUUAUGGUGGCGGUGGCUACCAAGGUGGAAUGCAGCGCGGUGGCGGAGGAAACUGGCAGUAUCAGCAGAGACCAUACUGAAUGGUUUCUUGAAAUAAUUAUUCGAAAAAAUUGUACUUAGUAUGUAAGAUAAUAAUACAAUUUUGAAAUGAAA